AUGGCAUUAAAUGGUAAAAUUGCAAUAAUGACCGGAGCAGCGCAGGGAAUAGGAAAAGCAAUGACUGAGAUGCUCCUGCAAAACGGUGCCAAGGUAGCCCUCUUGGAUGUGAAUGAAACUGAAGGAAAGAAAUUAAUGGAAGCCCUCAAAAGAGAGUACGGACUGGAGAGAACUUUGUUCCACAUCUGUGAUGUUGAAUCAGAGGAGCAGAUCAAAGCUGCCUUUCAGAAAACUGCUGAAACCUUCGGAGGAAUAGACAUCCUGUGCAAUAAUGCCGGCAUUGCGAAUGAGACUGCGUGGGAGAAAACUGUCUCCAUAAACCUUGUGGGGGUCAUCAGGGGGACUUACCUGGCUCUGGAGCACAUGAACAAGUUGACUGGAGGUCGGGGAGGGAUCAUCGUCAACACUGCAUCCAUUACAGGUAAAGCCCACCAUGCUGCCUCUACUGCAUCAGACUACGGCAUACGGGUCAAUGCCCGUUGUGUCCAAACUAACCUCCUUUCUAUCAUUCCUUCCAGGCCGGGGCCAUACUCCCACCUGGCUGAUGCAGCCCAACAAUUAGUAGAAAAGUUUGGGAUAUUAACCUGA